AUGCCGGCACAAUCUGAAAACGUGCUCUGGAGGGCAAAGCAAUUCUUUGCGGAACGCCUUGGAGAUCGUCGAGCAAGGUUGGAUUAUCUAUUCCGAGCAGUUCAAGGGCUAGUUGAGGCACCAGGGUUAGCCCAAGACUUUGCGGAGAACAUGUGGAAAUCCAGAUCUGCAAUCUUUAACAAACCAAGCAUGCCCAACACCAAAGCUCGACUUCGAAGUCUAUAUGAUGGACAUCGCACCAUCAAGAGAGCGAGGGAACAAUACUUGUAUGCAGCUCGCUUUUGCUAUAUCUACCUGGAACACGAUUUGGACGAGCUUUCUAAAUCUCGCGACCUUAUCCUUUCUCAGGGACGUGGCAGAAUCACUGCAGCAUUUGAAUUACAAGCAGAGAUAAUCUCGACGACAGUUGAGGUCGUGAAAGCAGAAAGAAAAGCAGGCCGUGGCUAUCUACAAAUUCUGAUGGAGGGCGGUCCCGGAUUUAUACUCCGCCUUGGCUCUAACGUGUCUACAAUCUGGGAACGAAAAUUAAGCACUGCGGACAUUCGACUUAUCAUCGAAUUCCUAAUGGCGGAAGCUCCCGUUCUAUACAAUGACAUCAUAUCAUACAAUGAAUUAGCCACUCGAGCGCUCAUCGAUGGCUUCAUUGCGUAUGGCUGGUCACCUGAGGAGAUUUUAGCGUCCGAGACCUCUUUAUUCAACAGAUUGAGGGAAUUUGCUAAUCUCGAGGACAUUGUACAAUCUGCGCAACGAUGCGGACCAUCUCAAAGCUUGGGAAAUACUCCUUCAGAGAUGGGUAAGCCAAAGAUUGUGCAGAACCAAGACUUUUGCAGCCUGGAUGAAGAAAUAUUGAGUACUCCACAUUCCAAUCUACCUUUCGUAGCUCUAGAAUCUGUUUUCGAGUUAUCAACGUGUACUGGUGAGGAACUUGAGGCCAUAAAUAGCCUAAGUCAGACAAGAGAUGAAGAGCUAGAAUUACUUCUGUCCCAGGAACUAGAGUACUCUACCAAUGUAUGUUGGGCUCUUGGGGAUGAAAACUUAUGUAAUAUACGUAUGUAA